UGUUAGAAUAAUCCACAGCAAGCGCAUUGCACCUUACCGCAGAGAAUAAAACCCGGUCAGUCAGCCAUGCAAUAGAAAAGUCUGGGACUCGUGAUAACAUGCGCACAUGGUGCACUGUAUUUCUCGCUAUCGUUUUAUCGCCCUGUCUCACACUGCCCUUCUCUCUCCCUCCCUCUCUCUUUCUCUCUCUAAAAGUCUUCCAAUUUUCUCUCUCUAAACUGCCAUUACUGAGUUUGAUCCUCUUUUGUCCUUCAAACACUAACAGUGAUUUUUUUUCCCAGAGAUUAUGGAUAGUCACGGUCACAAAACGGCCGCCACUUCAACAGGGCACGAGGUGCACAUAUGCAGUAGAUGUAAAUGGCCAUUUCCAAACCCACACCCAAGUGCUAAACACAGAAGAGCACACAAAAGGGUUUGUGGUACAGUUGAAGGCUAUAAAUUAAUUCAUUCUGAAGAAGAACACGAUCGCCAUCUGUCUAUUUCCGACGACGAACAUGCCUCCGACAGCGAAAACCAUACCCCUAGUCCUAAUCUUGUGAAGAAAAAAGCCGAGGAUUUUGCUAGUGGUGAAGGAGCAGGUGCAAAGUCGAAUAGAUCAGAAGAUGAUGUUUUUUCUGAUGCAGUUACCGAGUUUUCGGAUAGUGGAAUUAGUCCAAGUUUGGUGGAGCGGUUGGUAAUGGAAGAAAAUCCUUUGGAGGAUGAUGAUCCUAUCAAAACUGCCGAGAAACCAGAUAUAACUGAACAAGUCAAUGAUCCGACGAGGAUUGUGGAAAUGAAUUUACAGCCCAACAUUAUCAAAUCUGACGUCUCGAGGGAAAUAGCUGUAGAAAGUCAAAGUUUAAAUGAAUCCGACAUUCAAAGGGAAGAAGAUAAGUUGGCUUCGAUAACUUUGGACUCUGAAAAAGGUGAAGUUGUUUCAGUUUCAGAACCUGCAUUUACAGUCCAACACGAAAGUUUACAUGCUUCUGUAACGGCAAAACGUAUUCCCACCGAAACUGUUUGUGAAAAUGCUCCGGUGGAGGUAAAAGAAGUUUCUGUCGACGAAGAUAAAACUACAAUUGAAUUCAAGAAAGAUGUUGAUCAUGUCGAAGAAAAGCCUAACAGUGUGAUUCUGGAAACUGUGAAUGAAAAUGGUGAAGCAGGAGGUUCAGCUGUGGUUAGUGAUGCGAAAAUUUUACAAGAAUUGUCGAAAACUGAAUCGAGUGAUAAUGUUCUUGAGAAACCCGUUGAAGUGCUCGUGCAGUCACAAGUAAUAGUAGAAGGGCCUAAGAAUAUUCUCGUGACAGAAUUAAAGGAGGAUAAUAAUACUGAGGUUGUAAUAGUAUCAGAGAAAACUCUCGACCAGCCAAUCCUAAAAGAAGAAGCUCUACCCGAGAAGCAAUGUUCGAACGAAACUUCACUUGAUGUUGAGGAGAGUUUCAACAAAUUAAAUGUUGAAAAUGUUGAUUACAAGAACUUGCAAGAUAAAGUCGAUGAAGUCGAAAGAUCUGAUAGUCUUGAAGGCAACUGUGGUUCAGUUUCAGCGCUAUCAUUUCAAUCUAAUACAGGUGUCGCUGAAACAAACUCUCCAUCGCCAGAUACAUUAAUAAUAGAAACCAACUCCGAAAAGCAGAAAAUCGAGGUUGAAACAUUUGAGCCCCCUUCAUUUAUGACUCUGGUACAAUCCGGCAAUCAAGAUAAGGCUGAUGAGAAAGAAGGAUGGUUCCCUUCUCUAACAAACGUGUCGAAAGAAUCUGAAGGCAGAAAGAAAAAUGAGGAAAUAAUAGCCAAAGUAACAAACUCGAGCCCAAUGAAGCAGCGUCAUGGUUCUCUCAAAACUCUACUCGAUGAAGUCAACUCGCCAAACAAAAAACAAGUUCCUGAUUUUGAUGACGAUGCUAAUCAGAAAAACGGGACUGAAAAACCAAACAAAGAAGAAGUUAAUGGCAACAAUAAACACGUGGAGGAAUGGGAUUCGCCUGCAAAAUACCCUAUCGAGAUCAAGAAAGAGAAGAAAACGAAGAAGGGGAAGCCGUUUUGGGUUCCGUUUAUGUGCUGCUCUUCUGCAGCAAGUAGGGAGGUUUAAUGGGAUUCGUCUGCACUGUCUUUGGUGAAAGUUUCGAGUGACGUUUAUUCGUUUGCGUGCGUUGUUAAUUUUUGUGUGGUAUAUAAAAUGUUUAUUAAUGGGUGGGAUUCAUUCAUUUUCUUUUCAGCUUACAUUUUGCUGUGCGUUUUCAUUAAUAAGAUGUAUAUGUUGAACAAGAUAUAUAUGAUUCAUGUAUGGAUGGACGAACUGCUUAAUUUUUCUUGUACAAGGUUUGCUUAUGAAU